AUGCUCCAGUCGAUACCCCCAGCGUUCGCCGCACGUAAAAGUAAAAUCCUGUCCGAUCUGUCCGUGCCAGACGCUGAAUAUACCGACUUGUCGCCCAAGGGAUCCGUGGACGAAGGCAUCCGCGACCUGAUACGGGACAUCAAUGGCCUCGAUGGCCUUGUGACCACGAGUAGUUGCGCUGGGAGAGCGAGCGUCUUUGUGGAGGGAAGCAAGAAGAGCAAGAGCAAGACUGCAACGCUUGAUAAACAGGACGACGACGCAGUCAAGCAAGCAGAAGAUGCUGUCCAGAAGUUUGCUGUCUCAGGCGGCAAGGGCGAGGGAAGGUGGUUGUUCGUCUCACAUGACCCCGUCAACCCUGAGACUCUUGCCGACCCUGAGCGACGACCUGCCUCUUACCAUGCGUUGUUUGGCCUGGAGCCUGGAGAUGGAAUUCCAAGGACGACCGCCUCAGAGAGCGAGAAUGGAGUCCGGCUGGUCCGGUUUCACUACGAUCCUAUGAUCCUCCACGUCAUGGCUGCCACUCUCCAUCAUGCCCAUCCGGUGCUGACUGCAGCCUCAAACGCAGGCUUUCGCGAAAGCGGCCUGCAAAGUCUGCGUUGCCUUGAGAUGAUACCAGAAAACUCGAGUCAGGCCUCGUCCACAGACUCGUCCACGCCUAGCCCGAUUGUUGCAGUUCGCUCAUCGGGAUUAUCCCUGGAGUCAAUCAUCGGCUACUGCGAAGAGACCUCAGACGGUGCUGAGCCCGUCAUACGGAGUCUUGUCACAGAAGAGUACCUGAAAAUGCUCGUUGCGCUAGCUAACGAGCGGUUUGUCGUCAACAAGAGCCGCGUCGAAAGAUUUCGGACAAAAUUACUCGAGUUAUAUGCAGCUGCUUCGUCCCCUACUGCGAACACCAAACCCAAGAAACCGCCAGGAUGGGAGGAUCCUCAAGUAAGAAGAGAGAAAAAACGAGCCGAAGGACUGCGGAGGAAGGCCGAGGCAGCUCGACAGAAAGCAUCCAUGGACUCGGAUGAAGCAGAGGUUGAUAUCAACUUGGGCUUCUGA